UGCAACCAUAAUCUAAUCUUGAAGUUGAAAUUUCUUCAUACAAAUGAUUGGUCCAGGCCAUGUGCCAGGUACUGUCCGCACUUUAGUCAUUGAAUCAGAAUUUGCAGCCACUCGGCCAUGAUUUGCAUGAGCAAAUGGCCCCUCUCGAUCACGUCUUUUCAAACACCGAGCCUCAUGUCGAUGAGCUUCAUGAUUAUUUUGCUUUCUAUCUUUUCCUCUAUAUUUCCAUAUAUUCCCAUAUAUUUCCUAUAAAAAUGGCCCAAGUGUCGCUAUCCACCGGCCAGGCGCUGCACAUCUCUAGCCCUCCCCAGGCGCCGAUAUCGGCCCAAGUCCCGGCCGACUACGACUCGCAGGUGCUCCUCGCCCUGCUGAACCUGCACCAGGCCUUAUUGGCAGCCGGCACAGGCGUCGCCGCCAUCGCCCAGCUCACCCUCUACACCACCGCCGGCGAUGUCGAGCAGCGCCGCCACCACCACCACCUGCAGCGGUUUCUGCGCUCGCACCGCCCCGUGGUGACUGUCGUGCCGGUGCCGCAGCUGGAAAAGGCCGAGUGGCAGGUCCUGAUCACCGCCCAGGCGUCAGGGCCGGCCCCGGCCCUGCCCCGGGACGUUUCCGGCCCUGAAGACAACAAGGUCUGGGAUGUGGUGGUCAUCGGCGCCGGCCUGGCAGGCCUGGCGGCCGCUGACCAGCUGGUGCAGGCCGGCCUGUCGGUGCAGGUCCUCGAGGCCCGCGACCGCGUCGGCGGGCGCACCUGGAGCGAGCCCCUGGCGGCGAACCCGGCGGCGGUGGUCGACAUCGGCGCCUCGUGGCUCAACGAGGCCAACCAGACGAGCCUGAGCCGGCUGGCGCGGCGGGUGGGCGUGGAGUUCAUCGAGCAGAACACGGCGGGCAACUGCCUGACGCAGGACAGCGCCGGGGCGAUGCACACGUUUGCGUACGGGGCGCUGCCGUUUGACGCCGCGACGCAGGCGCACCUGGGGGAGAUCCGCGACAUCGUCGAGGCCGACUGCCAGCAGCUGGACGCGGCCGACCCCCAGCACGACGAGCUCGACUCGCUCACCUUCCUGGCGUACCUGCAGCGCCAUAACGCCAGCCCGACCGCCAUCGCCACCUGUUCCAUCUGGACGCGCGCCAUGCUGGGCCAGGAGCCCCAGGACGUGUCGGCCCUGUACUUCCUGCACCACUGCAAGUCCGGCGGCGGCCUGCUGCAGAUGCGCUCCGACCGGGCGGGCGGCGGCCAGCACCUGCGCGUCCGCCAGGGCACCCAGGCCAUCUCCAAGGCCGUCGCCGCGGGCCUCCCCGCGGGCACGCUGCGCCUGGGCGCCCCCGUCACGGCCAUCGACCAGUCGCGCCCGCGCUGCGUGCGGGUGCAGACGGCCGACGGCACCACCGUCCAGGCCUCGCGCGUCAUCUCCGCCAUCCCCAGCCCGGUGCUGCGGACCAUCGCCUUCACGCCGGCGCUGCCCUCGCGCAAACAGCUCCUGCUCGACUCGUACUCGUACGGCUACUUCACCAAGGCCAUGCUGGUCUUCAAGACCCCCUUCUGGGUCGACAGGGGCUUCUGCGGCCUCGCCCAGUCCUUCACGGGGCCCGCCUCCAUCAUCCGCGACUGCAGCUCCCCCGCCGACGCCGGCUGGGUGCUCACCUGUUUCCUGUGCGGCGAUUCCGGGCGGCGCUGGUCGCUGCUCGACGACACCCAGCGCGUCGACGCCCUCCUCGACCAGGUCGGCGCCCUCUACAACGACCCGGAGCUUGUGCGCUCCCAGUACCUCACCACCGUCACCCACAACUGGUCGGCCGAGCAGUACUCGGGCUUUGGCUGUCCCUGUCCGUCGCUGGCGCCGGGCGUGCUCUCCGCCGCCGGAGACGUCCUGCGCGAGUCCUUUGGCAGAGUCCAUUUCGCCGGUACCGAGACUUCCGUCCACUGGAAGGGAUUCAUGGAGGGUGCCGUUCGCAGUGGCGAGCGCGAGGCGGAACAAGUCAAGAAGUUUUUCUCAUAGUUAUAGCGAUGCUUUCAAAAUAUCCAGUACAUAGUUCGAUACCUGUCAAUAGAUUCAUUCAUCUGCCUAAUUUCCUAGACUUGGAAAUAUACUCUUCAUCAAG